CGGCUCGCCCCGGCUCGGCUCGCCCCGGCACCGCGGGCCCCCGCCCGCCACCAUGCUGCCCCCCGCCCUCAGCCUGCUGCUGCUCCUGGGCUGCCUCGGCGCCGCCAGGGGAAACCUCUCCCGCGACGAGAGCCAGCCCACGACGUCAGACGAGACGGUGGUGGCGGGUGGUACGGUGGUGCUCAAGUGCCAGGUGGAAGAUCCUGAUGACUCCUCGCUGCAGUGGUCCAACCCUGCCCAGCAGACCCUCUACUUUGGGGAGAAACGAGCCCUGCGAGAUAACAGGAUCCAGCUGCAGAAGUCCACACCGAAUGAGCUGACCAUCAGCAUCAGCGAUGUGGUGCUGUCGGAUGAGGGUGAAUACACCUGCUCUAUCUUCACCAUGCCCGUGCGGACUGCCAAAGCUCUUGUCACCGUGCUAGGAAUCCCCCAGAAACCCCAAAUCUUCGGCCAUGAGCAGCCCAUCGAUGAAGAGAAGAUAGCCCGGCUGACCUGCCGGUCCUCUGGCAGCAAGCCCGCAGCCCAGCUCCGGUGGAGGAAGGGCAACAAGGAGCUGAAGGAUGAAGGUACCGAGGUGGUAGAGGACCCCAACGGGAAGACCUUCACUGUGAGCAGUCGGGUGGAGUUCCGGGUCACCAAGGAGGACAACGAUGCUGAAGUGACCUGCACCGUGGACCACGAGUCCUUGCAGAACACAGAGAGGUCGACCACACAGAAGCUGCAGGUCCACUACAAGCCAACGGCAAAGAUCGAGCCGCAUCCCCUGUACCCACGGGAAGGCGAGAAGCUCCGGCUGCAGUGCGACGGGCAGGGCAACCCCGUCCCCCAGGAGUUCCUGUGGGAGAAGGAAGGCAGCGACACACCCCUGCAGCUGAGCUCCGACAGCGUCCUCUUCUUCCCCUUCCUCAACAAGAGCGACAGCGGCACCUACGUCUGCACGGCCACCAGCUCCAUGGGCAGCGUCGUGGCCAAGUACAACCUCGAUGUCAGUGAUCUUUCCCAGCUCCCCACCCCACACGUUCACUCCACUCCAGCCCCUCCGCCAGGCCCUUCCCAGCCCAUCUCUCAUGCUACCAUGGCCACCGCUUCAUCCUUCACUCCAGCUCCUGUCCAAGAUGCCAGCCCAGUGCCGUCAACCUCCGGCCCAUACCAUGCAGUUAUUGGUGGGGUGGUUGCUGUCAUCGUCUUUCUCCUGCUCAGCCUCCUCAUCGUCUUGGGACACUACCUGAUCAGACACAAAGCAGGUGUAUGCGUAAGGCACGGGGAGACGGUCACAUCCAGACAUCGGCAAAACCCAGCAGAGGUGAUGUGUACCUACCUGACCCAUGAGGCCAAGGGGUCGGAUGAUGCCCCCGACGCAGACACGGCCAUCAUCAAUGCAGAGGGCGGCCAAGCCAGCGGCGAUGACAAGAAGGAGUAUUUCAUCUAGGAGCGUCGGAGAGGGCGAGAAAUGGAGCCAACAAACCCCAAUGCAAAUGGAAACCAGACCACAAACCCAACUCGACCCAACAGAUUUUCUCUCGCGCCCAGGAUGGGCAGACAGACGGACAGAGGGAUGGCAGGACAGAGAGCAGAGAGCGACCGGCCUGAGACAUGAUGCUUCUUGAACUUGUACAAAACGUUAUUACUACGAACAGCGAAAGCCCCGGCCCCGUUUGCUUGCUUGCACCUCCAUCCCUGCGACUGGCGCUCGCACUAAACACAGACCAACCAGUGAGUGAGCGACUUUCCUUCUUCCUUUGGACCUUUGCUUUGGUUUCGUGGCUGCUCUUUGCUUUGGGCCCUUGGUUGGGAUGUUGGGCUGGGGUCAAUGUAGCUCUUCCCUUUGUUUCUCUCCAUUUUGGUUUCUUUUACAUCCAAGGAUAAAAUCAGCUCCAGGCUCUGGCACAAGCUCCAGGCACCCGGGUGGCCUCUCUGUCACCAUCCCUUGCCUCGUGCCUCCCACAAGAGCUGGGACCCGUGUCCCCAUCACUCCCUGCCAGGCUUGGCUGCUGCAUGAUUCCCCAAGCCGAACGCCCGGCGCUGCCCUUGGGCUGGGGACGGGGGAGUGCCAUGGGCCCCCGGCGCGGCAGACAGCCCAGGGUUGUGCACGCCCGGAGCGGGAUGCUAAUGGGCAGCAUCUCUGCGUUUGAGGGCUCAGCACGCGUCGCCUUUGGGGGUGCAGCUCGGGGCAAGCGGGGUGGGACCCCGGGACCCUGCACUGAUUUUAUCCUUGGUGGUUCUUGUCAAACAAUGUCCAUUCGGGAGGAGAGCUGUCCUCGUGUGAUAGAUGUGUGAAGGGGGGUGAGCUUCCAGGGUGGGAACCGCUGAGGCCCCCGGAGAGACUGGGAGCUGCUGGGCAACUGCAGCUCCCCGUUCCCACCCCAGCGGGAGGGGGGAGGGCAGGGGCUUGGGGGCAAAUCUGAAGAAAAGCCCCAAGUUGCAAAUUCUCAGAUUGAAAACAUCAAUUAAACCAUCUAUUGAGAUGUUCAGUGCAGGAGGCCACCUGCACCGGGAACACAAGGCAGAGCCGGGAGAUCUAGCAGGCCUGCGGCCAUCACGACUCCCCUCUUCACCGGGCCCAGCUCUGGGGCCCCAGGAGCCCCUGGAAAGGGUAGUUUAAACCCCAAGAAUGACUGCAAUGGGAGCUGACAUGGCCAAGUGGCCCUACGGGACGUGAGCUGGAAACAACCUGGUUGACACUGCUACCAGCCUAGGGUGAUGUGAGGCCUGGGAUUUCUGUUGGCUGGGAAGAGACAUACAGAGAGAGGCUCCUUUGGGGUCUGUUCCUUGGACCUGUCUGCCUCCUUUUCCUUCCUGGCCUCCUCCCAGAGAAGACGCUGAGUAUGGUGCUGUGCUGAGGAGCACGGGACCCCACAGAGAAACAUGCAGCUCGAUGUAGCCCGGGACAGAGCUCAGCCAGGCUGGGGAUGAAGGUGGGAUUCAGCUGUAGAUCAGGCCGGCGGGUGGGAAUCGGUCCUCACUGUUCAGGGUGCUGGACUCCACAUCACAUCUGAGAUGUUCCCUCAGGCCUGGUGAGCUCCUGUUUGGAAAAGGCUGUUUUCCUCCUGGCUCCAGGGGCUGCAGCCAAUAGCAGUCUAAAUGCCCAGAUUUCGUGUCUUUAUAGUUUUGGCGGUCUCUGUGGAGGCUCGGUGGGAGGCUUGCCGUGCUUCCUAUCUGUGUGGGACCUCCCUGUGGAGAAACCAUAUCUCUUCCAAGUCAGACAAAAGCCGGAAGCUUUUUCUGACCUUUCCAACAUGUCCCAGGGGUCCACUUUCCUCGCUCCAACCCUGCAUCCGUGGGAUGCACAUUGCAGCUGCGUGGGGUUGUCUGCUCCAGCUGUCUGCAGGAUACCCCAUGCCUCCCUGGAGAGCCGGGCCAUGCCCCGGCACUCGGGAUGAGGUUUUCCCACGUGCCCAGCAGCCCAGCGUUCCUCGGCCUGGACAUGAGGGGUUUGCAGGAGCUGCCCUUUGGCUGUGCACCCCUUUGAUUUCAGGGUGUUUGGGGAAGAAGAGCCCUCCUGGAAAGAGGCAAAGCCUGCAGUGGCGUGGGUAACUUCACCUGAGAGGUAAAGGAAGAGCCUGUUUCCUCUGCCAUGGGGUACAAGAUGCCUCUGGCACCUGCCAGGGGUUGGUAAUGUCCCUCCUGUGCAGACCCUGAGAGCAGGCACAGAUCCAUGCACAUGGCACAGAGAAAAAGGCCCCAGGAAGCCUUCCCGGAGCGCGUGGUGCUGGAAGGAGGGUAAUGGGGCCGCAGAGCACAGGGCUGGUGCUGGGAAGCCAAAAGCAGCGCUGGGUUGCAGGGUGCCCUGGGGCCAAGCAGACGUGAGGAAGGGGUUGGGCACAGCUACAGGUGUUGGGGGUAUGAAUGAAUGAUGUGGUAGCAUUUGUCUCACAUGCAGAGAUGUGACUGGAUUCACUACAACUAACUUGUCUGUCAGGAGCACACAGGCAACAGGAUAUUAAGCACCUUGAGAAAGAAAUGCGUAGAGUUUUUAUCACACAUGGUGAAGAAAACCUGUGGUUUUCCCCAUUUUGUUCCUCCCUUUACAUCUGUUUGGAGGAGGACGUUGGUCUUGACGCAGCCCUUCCUGAGUGCGGUGUCCCAAAAUGCGGGGGACAAGCCAGGAGAGGAGGAUGGGCAGAGCCAUCUCGCAGCUGUGCUCCUUUUUAUUCUCAUUUUUGGAAGAGUUACUCAUGCAGGAAGGAUCUUGCUUGUACACAGCCCAUGUAGACGUGCCUGGGUCUGCAGAGAGUCCGAGACAGUAGCUCUGAGCUCGUUUCAAGGGAUGCUAACGUUGCUGUGAGAGAUAACACUGCAAAUGUCGAUGCUGUUAACUAUUUCACUGCACACCUGAGCAUGUAUGAAUGUGUGAUCUGAUGCUACUCUGAAGCUCUUUAACAUCCACUAUUGAAUAGACUUAAUUCCUUAAAAUAAAAAUGUAAGGACGUGUUUUCAAAUACAACUUAAUCUCAUUAUAAGUCUACACGGUGUAGAUCAUUACCAAAACCCACUCCCCGCUGGGGGUCUGCAAGGGAGAGGGGUUAACUGGUUACAUCUUCCUGAAAAAAGGGACUCGGGUAUUUAAGGUUAGAAAGUGAGAUUGUGCCCCGUUAGAAGCAGCAUACCACAAGCAGCACAUGGGCUUUCCAGCUGCCUGGCUCCAGCACUGCCGCUCCAGAGCUGCUUCGAGGGCUGGUGCAGGCGGUUGUCGCUGCUGCUAUCUUGGGUGCCUGAGCCAAGAGUCCAGCUGGCUGCAAAGUAUCCCCUUCCCUAGACCAUCCGCCGGACGCCGACAGCUGUAGCACACCUGGGAAAUUGGCUUCUGUGUUUGCUCGAGCUCCAGCACAGACAUCAUCAGUGCUUCCAAGCACCAGGAACAAACCUCAGCCACCUUUUUCAUGUAGUCAGGGAAAUCAGGAUUUGGCCUUCAUGCAGAUCCCAUGUCAUAACAGAAGUCACAGGAAACCUCCCAGCCCCUUCAGUGGUGCUCAGUGCAGACAUUUCCCAUGGAGAGGGGAGGACCCAGCAUGGGCAGCAUGUUGUGGCUGGAGCCACUGCCUCCUGCAGACAUCAGCUAAGGAUGGGCCAAGCCUCACCCCGAGUGGACCCGUUCCCCUCCCCUGACUGCAAAGGCUCAGUGAAAGGUCGGGUCAUGACUGCAGACAUCUAAAAGUGGUGAGAGGAGGCACACAACGCCGAGGCUGUGUGUGCAAGCAAGAACCAAAGGGCUUUUGUAGACGCAAGGGAGUGAUAGAUGAUCUGUGCCAUAGUUGUAAGGGUAGUAGAGACACCCAUGUUAUGAGUAUGAGGGGUGACAAGGUCACAGGUGUGAGGAGUGAUGGAUACCCCACGUCAUGAGUAUAGGGUGGUGAUGGAGACACCAUCUCAAGACUACGAGGCAGUGAUGGGAUACAUCAUGGUGCAUGAGGGCUGAUGGUGAACGCUGUGUCACAAGUGAUGGUGCAUCAUGCUGCUAGUGGGAGGGGUGAUCAGAAAAACCAUGUUGCGAGUGUUGUGGAUAAACCGUGUUGCAUGUAUGAGACAAUAUAUCAUGUCACAGGAGUGAGAUGUGGGAUGCACCAUUUUGUGAGUCUGCGAGAUGGUGGGAUACACCAUGCAUUGCGUAUUUGGGGGUGAUGAAUACAUCAUGUCAUGAGUGUGAAGAACAACAGGUAAACACGGUUGUGAGUGGGGGACAUGACGGGUUACACUGUUGUGUGUUGGGGUGAUGGGAUGCACUGCGUUGUGCAUCUGAGGGACAGUGGGAUUCACUGUGCCAGCAGCAAAGGCAGUGAUGGAUUACACUGUUGUGAGUGUGAGGAGUGAUGAGCUACACCAUACCGUGACUGUGUCACGGCCAUGUUGCACAUGUGGGAGAUGAUGGGAUACACCCUGUAUUGAGUGUUUUGGAUGCUUGUGGGAUACACCCUGUAUUGAGCAUUUCGUGUGCUAGGAUACACCAUGUUGCAAGUGUGAGCAGUGCUGGGAUACACUGGGUCGUGCGUGUAAAGGUGAGUUAGCUACACCAUGUCACAAGUGUGAGAGACGAUUGGAUAUACCUUAAUAGUGCAGGAGGUAGAAUAAAAAUGUAGUGUAUGAGGUGGUGAUGGGAUCCACCAUGUUACGAAAUAACAGAAUGACGACGUUUGUUUAAGAAUAAUCACAUUAGGUUUGUGGGGCGAUGGGACACAGCAGAGUGCUGGGAUAACGAGCAAUAGGAUACCCCAGGACUGUGACGCAGGGUGUUGGGAUGGUCAGCUACACCGUGUCCCAAGUGGGAGGGAUGACAUGCUGUGUAGCACGUGUGAGGGCUGAUGGGAUCCGUUGUGCCAUGAAGGGGAGGCUAUGACUGGACAUAGCAACUGUGAGGUGUCAUGGGCUGUGCUGUGCCGUGGGUGCGAGGGCGAACGCAAUACCUUGCAUAAAAGCAUGAGGGGCGAUGGCAGACGCCAUGUGCCAAGCGCAUUGUGCACCGUGCCUCGGGGUAAGGGGCUGAUGAGCUGCCGUGUCUCUUGGCUGUGAUGGGGCGAUGGGCUGUGCCAUGCCGUGAGGAUGAGAGGGGACAGGGAGACAUCAUCUCAUGAGCUUCAGUGUGAACCCUGUGUCAGAAAUGUGGGGAGGUGAUAGGGAUAUACCAUGUCACUAGUGUGGGAGAUGAGCGGAUACACCACGUGACGAGCGUAGGGAGGUGGUGGUUUACACUGUGUCACUAGUGUGACAGGGGAUGGGCUACACCGUGUCAGUGUGAUGGGGAAGCAUCGGGAUACAUUACGUCAGUAGGGUGGGGAGAUGAUGGGUGUAACUGCACCACGUGUGGGGAGUGACGGGAUGAACCAUGUCACUGCUGUUAGGAGUGGUGGGAUACACCGUGUCACAGGUGUGGGGGGAGAUAGGGUACACCUUAUCACCAGUGCAGGGGGUGAUGGGAUACAUCAUGUCACUAGCGUAGCUGGUGGUGGGGUACACCAUGCUGCGGGUGUGGAGAGGGGAGGGGACAUACCAUGUCACUGGUGGGAGGAGGUGAAGGCCAGGCAAUGUCACUGCAUUGGCAGAAUGGUUCAGGACACAAGUUGCCUCGUCAAACCUGGGUGGCCACUUCUGGACCAAAGGACUCCCGCUGCCAGGCUGGUGGGUCUCCAGGAGAGCUCCAGCCCUGUCCGCCAUCUGCCACCAGGUCUACCCUCACUGGACAGCCCAUGAGGUCCGUGUGCCCACGGCCGGUCCUGGAGAGCAUCCUCCCUGGGGGGAGGCCUCUUGGCUGCCGCCCAGGCCUCCUUGACAGCCGUGUGGACGUCCAAAUGAGCAUUGAGACCCCCUACCCCAGGUGAGACCAAGUCCUCCAGCAAAGCGAUGGCCCAGCUUGGCCACAUUUUGUGGCCAGGCGUUUUAAUUCCUGCUUAGCCCUCUGCCAACCUGAGCACCCCUUUUCUGGAUCUGCCCCCUUCCAUCUCUGCUCCCUGCGUGCACAGGCCCUGGGUCGGCGCUGCUGCUUUGCAGGAUGGUGCUCCAUGCUCUGGUCCCAUCGUCUCCAUUCCGGCGAGGGCUGGUGGGCCCCAGUGUGGCCAGGCUCACCGACGUGGGGACAUGGGGACAUCUCCUCUGGGCACAGACAUGGCGAUCAGGGCCAGAAAUCAACUGGGAAAGCUGCUCUUCAGCCAGGGAUGGACCAGCAACCCCCAGACAAGAGGAGCGGGUUGGGGCUGGGGUCGGGUGCGGAGGCAGAGCCGUCCCCAACACGGAGGGCAGCAGUGGGGGGGUGCAGCACCGGGCCCCCCAAACAGCAGCAUCCCUCAGGGCCACAGGCAGGGCCACGGGACACCCCACGGGGGACAGGGCAGCGGCAGCCCCCGGAGAGGCUCUGGAUGCUUCCCGGCCGGCACUGAACUCUCAAUAGACCAUGAAAGCCAUAUUUGUACUGAGCUCUGAACACGCCGAGGGGUGGGCAGCGGGGCAGGGCAGAGGACGGUCCGUGUUGUUGUGCUGUGUUCUUGUAUGUACAUAAAGGGAGACAACGAACGUCGAUGUUACUUUAUAACCUUUCUAAUAUCCUGUGCUAAUCUCGGAAAAAUAAUCCUAUAAAUAUAUCUGGAUUACACACGUUA